AUGACCACCAUCUCGCUGGACACGGCUGCGACGCAUGUUGGUGAGAGCGUGCAUUUUAUUGCGGCCGUGCAGCAGAUUGCAACAGGCAAGAGAGUGCUGGUGGGACGUCAGCGCGUUCAGGCGUGUCAUGUCUUGCAUGUGGGCGACGCCAGUCGUCAGUUCUUCAAGAUAACUUGUUGGGGAGAGGCCCCGCCCACAUUGAUACAUCCAGCGUCCAACGAAGACUCAGGCCCCAUGCAGCUAUUAAGCGCCGACGCUGUACUCCGAGUCGGGGACAUUGUUCUCUUCUCUUUUUGCCGCAUUAAAUCCUAUCGGGGCAAUGUGGAAGCGCAAUUCAUCCUGCGCAAUGAUGAAUUUGCGACGUCGUCUACAGUCCAGUUGUUGUAUCGGAAAGACCGGUACUUCAGUACACAGGAUGUUCCGCUAAAGGAUCUAUAUCCAAUGAUCGAAUGGUACAAGCAGCAUUGUCGAGAGUUUGAUUUAAGGGAGAAUAUGCUGGAUGGCGUACUGCUGUGCGAACUGAUCAUGUAUGACUCGCCGAGAGAUGUCAUGACUGUGAACCUUUGGGAUCAGCAUGCUGAUAAACGAUUUGUUGCGCGAUUACUGGAACACCACGGUGCUAUUGAAAUUGAUGGGAUUGUGGUGAGUCUUCAGGCGCUAUCCAACCGGCUGCUGGCGAAUACUACGCCUCAUUCGGUGUUCCGAUUCUUGGAACCAGACGACCUUGAUGCACCAGUUACAUUUGCGACGCUAGAAGAGCUAGAAGGAUGCACGUUUGAAGGACUGGCCACGUUGGAAAAUAUCCGUGUAGAACAGGUUUGUUUGGGUCGCCAUUUUGGACAUGAGUCACAUGUCUUGCCGAGCUUUGCACCGCAAUUAGCGGAGCGAUACUGUACCGGGUGUGAUCAAGCUUUACCGGAAAUUUCUACUCGAAACAACGCCGCCCAAACUCGCUUUGGAGCUUGUGCAAAUAAAUGCAAAACUCGUCGAGGUAGCACUGUUGAUGCCUCGUGUGGCUGGAGAUAUCGCCGCUUUUCAAUGAUUUUGCGAGACUCGCGGAAUGAACGAGUGCAAGUCGAAGUGGAUAAUCUAGCGACUGUGGAAAUGGUGGGAAACAUUGAAGCUCAAGUUUUAAUGGAAAGCCGUCAGUUCGACGCAGCGUCUGCUGUGGCUUCACUGCUCAACGCUCUCGUCGAGGAUGCCAACCAGAAGUUUGAGGCUCAGCUUCUGUGUUGUACGGAUAAAACCCGAGAUAGCGUCAGCCAACCCAGUGACAGCUAUCAGGAUUCCAGUCGCGAAGAAGAGCGUACAGAUCGAAGGUUAUUUCGCCUCAUGGGUCUCAUUCCAAACGACUCAUUUUCGAUUUAA